CCUAAAAUAACAUAAAUUGUACCAAGUUCAUUCGAUUUCCCGAUUUUAUGCUUGGUUUUUUGUUUGAGUCAUGUUUCAGGGUAUUUUAUCCAAUAAGAACGGAAUAAUGAGUCAAUUCAACAAAAAGAUGGUUAGGGUUCAAAAUCUGGCGUCGCUGGAACUCGAUCCCGCGACGUCCCAGGCGAGGGCAAAGAGCCGUACCACUCCAGCCGCGUCCCCUUUUGUUAUCAAUAUACGAGACCUAUCGUGUAUUAUGGUGAUGAAUCACGGAAAGAGAACCGCAAACUGCAGAGUCAAACUACCUACUGCUAAACAUAAGGAAAAGCUGCCGGUCCAAACAAAGAAGCAAGCUGGUCCGGUCAAAAUAAAGAAGCAAGCAGCUGGAGGAUGGCUUGACGUCAAAUGAAGAAGCAAGCUGGUCCCAAUAAUAGAAGCUAGCUGGUCAAUUACUUGGGAAGCAGGCUGGUCCAUACUUAGGAGCAAGCAGAUCCAUUAUUCGGGAAGCAAGCAACUGCAUCGACGUCCUAAGGAAGCAGCUCCUCCUCCCUUGCCUUCAUCGCUCGAUCAUAGAGAAGCUAGUAGCUGAAGCCUGUAGCUCGUGCAAAUCACGUUAAGUGGGAGCAAGCUACCAGGUCAAUUUAAUGGAAGCAAGCUGGAGAAUUAAAUGGACAAAGAGCUCAAGCAAGUAGCUGAUAAUUGCCUCGUCCUUGAAUGAAAGCUAGCAGCUGUCUAAGCAAGUAGCUGAAACAAGUUGUUGAAAUAAACAAAUCAACAAUGAUGCCAAGUUCAUACUAUAAAUAGAGGAGGGAGACACACACACACACUAUAGACACUACUUCUAUAUUUUGUUCUCCCUUUCUUGUAUUUGAAGUUAGCCGAAACUCUGUCCAUUUUCAUUCCAAACUCUUGUUACUUCUUUUUAUUUCGUUAAUCAUAUCUCGUAUUUCAUCCAUCGUUGUUCUUAUGUUUGUGUUCGUAUGUGAUGUCUCGAUUUUGGAUUUAGGUUGAACAUCAACUACCAGGAGAAUUGGAUCAACAUGAAAAGCCGAAUUGGCAUUUUGUUUCACCAUGUUUGGAUCAAGCUGGGGAGUAAGAAGGGCAGUGAGAUACUUAUGGUUACACGAGUGCUGCAAGCUAAGGAGACUUAUUUGAGCAAAAGGUACCAUCGAAGUUGUUAUAGUAAGAAUAGAUGAUCAAGGGAAGGAAGUAUAAGAAGGGUGUUGAUAGAAGGAUGAGUUCCGAUCAAAUUUCGGGGACGAAAUUUUUAUAAGGGUGGGGGAAAUGUAACACCCCCAGUAUUUUAGAGUUAGGUUCGAUUUUAAUACGUGAUCGGUUGGAUUGACGGUUACGUACUAAGAGUUACAAUCGCGGAUUAAAAAUAAUAAUAUAAUAAUUAUUAUUAUAAUAUUAUUAUUAUAACAUUAAUUAUAAAAAUAAAAAUAUACAAGAGGCCGCGGGAGCGGCCCUGCCCACUCCCCAGCAAACCUAUUAAUCACCCAGCAUCUAAAUCCCCCCCCCCCCUUCAAUUUAUCCCGCCGCCAUCCCCUUCCCAACACCUCCGUCGUCCCGCGGCGAGAAGAAGAAAAGAAAGGGAGCGCCAGCUCCCCAUCCCGACCCCAAUUCCGAUCCCGAUCCCAAUUUGAAUCCCAUCCCUUUCGUGUUUCUAGGUAAGGAUCACGAACCCCUUUCCGAUUUCUAAACUCGAUUUAUCGAUAGUCUAAUCCGAAGCUCGUAUUUUAUUAGCGGUGACGUUUGAGGGUUCGAUCAACGAGGAGAUCAACGUCCCAAGUCAUCCAACCUAGGCCUAGGCACGUUCUAGAGGUAAGGGAACUUGAUCCCUUUGAGUUAGAUCGAUCGAUUUGGUGAUUUUUUAUGAGGAUGCAAUUCUGGGUUUUUAGCAAAAGGCGUUACAGCCUUUUAGUGACAAAUUUUGAUUGGUCACUAAAGCUACUGGGAAUUUCGAGAAACGUAUUUUUGGAUGGUUUUAAUUGUUUCGAGCUUCUGUGGGUGUUUGUUACUGAGUUUAAUAAUUUUAUAAAUUGAGGGAGGUCUAGGAGAUGGCUUUAAUUUAAGUCGGUGAUUUUUGAAGAUGUAUUUCUAUUUUUAGAAAUUGUUCUAAUAUUUGUUUUAAUUAAAUAAAAAUCUUUCCGAUGGGUUUUUAAGAAAUGACACGUCCCGCCUCUUUUCAAAACCAAAAUACAACUCAAACCACAAACUGGUUACUCCGGUGCAACCCAAACAAUUUUUUAAAAUCAAUAAACUGACAAUGUUUAA